ACUGAACCCAAACAUAUUCUUCUUUUUCUUCUUCCUCUUAACAAAAAAGCGAAACAAUAACGUCAACUUAAUAAACAGCCAAUUAAUUCAAUUUUGAUGGUAAUAAUCAUAAUAAUAAAAACAAGCAAUUCAAUCUCAGAUCGGAGCUGAACCUCAAAUAAUUUGCAAUGUCGAGCGAUAGCGACGAGGACGAGCUUCUUCAGAUGGCCUUGAAGGAGCAAGCCCAGCGCGAUCUCAACUACAAGAACCCUGGCGCUCGGAAGCCCGUCGCUAGUUACGUUCAGCCUCCGAAAUCGUCUGCGGUAAAUUCCGGGAGGCCACAGGCGAAGAAGUAUGAGGAGGACGAAGAGUCUGAAGUGGAGAUGCUGAGCAUCUCGAGUGGCGACGAGGAGGUGAGUACAGAUCGAGGAGUUACGGCUAAAAAUAGAGUGAGACCAGGAAGGCGGGACGAUGAUGCAUGGGACGGUGGCGAACCUAAUUGUUGGAAGCGCGUUGAUGAGGCUGAGCUUGCUCGCCGAGUUCGUGAAAUGCGGGAGACAAGAACGGCUCCAGUGGCUCAAAAAUAUGAGCAGAAUUCUGUCAUUGGUGGGAAGGGGUUUGAUUAUACAACCUUACCACGUGGCAUUGAAUGGGUUGAUCCGCUAGGAUUGGGGAUAAUAGACAGGAGGUCAUUUAGAUUGAUCUCUGAGAAAUUGCCAGAUGUCCCAUUAAUUCCUGAUAAAGAGUUUCUAGAAAGCGGCAAAUGGGAGAAAAUUAUGUACUACUCUGAAGGAUUUGAUGCAAAGUUGUUUCUAUCUCGAAUUCACCAAGAUACUAGUGCAACAGACUUGGAGGCUGGUGCUCUUGCUUUAAAGACUGAUCAAAAGGGUCGGACCCAACAGAGAAAAAAGUUGGUUAAAGACAACUUUGAUUGCUUUGUCUCUUGCAAAACUACCAUUGACGAUAUUGAGUCAAAAUUGAAGCGGAUUGAAGAAGACCCUGAAGGUUCAGGGACAGCUCACUUAUUCAAGUUGAUGCAGGGAGUAAGUUUGCAGGCUAAUCGUGCUUUUGAACCUCUAUUUGAGAGACAGUCUCAAGCUGAGAAGAUAAGGUCUGUCCAAGGAAUGCUUCAGAGGUUCAGAACGUUAUUCAACUUACCUAGUAUAAUUCGUGAGAGUAUUAGCAAGGGUGAAUAUGACCUGGCAGUCAGGGAAUACAAGAAGGCGAAGUCAAUUGCAUUGCCCUCUCAUGUAAAUAUACUGAAACGUGUUCUCGAAGAGGUUGAAAAGGUGAUGCAGGAUUUCAAAGCCACACUUUACAGGUCUAUGGAAGAUCCACAAAUAGACUUGACAAAUCUUGAAAAUACUGUGAGGCUGUUAUUGGAGCUGGAACCUGACUCCGAUCCUGUAUGGCAUUAUUUAAAUGUACAGAAUCAAAGAAUUCAAGGUUUAUUUGAGAAGUGCACCAUGGAUCAUGAGGCAAGGAUGGAAACUUUGCAAAAUGAGAUACAUGAAAGAGCUAUGACUGAUGCAAGGUGGCAGCAAAUUCAGCAAGAUUUAAACCAAUCUUCAGAUGUGGACUACCCUCUUACUCUUGGGAACAACCAACUGCUUGUUGAUUCACAGCCAGUGGAGUUGACUGGUGAAGAAGUUGAUGCCCUUAGAGGAAGGUAUAUACGAAGGUUAACUGCUGUACUCAUUUAUCACAUACCAGCCUUCUGGAAAGUUGCUCUUUCUGUGUUCAGUGGAAAAUUUGCAAAGUCUUCCCAAGUUUCUUCUGAGUCAAAUAUUAAUUCAUCUGCAAAUAAAGCUGAAGAGAAAGUUGGAGAUGGGAGCUAUUCAGUUCAUUCUCUUGAUGAAGUUGCCGGAAUGAUACGCAAUACAUUAUCCAUGUAUGAAAUUAAGGUUCACAACACAUUUCGUGAUUUUGAAGAGUCCAAUAUUCUCCGAUCAUUCAUGAGUGAUGCCAUAAAGGAAAUAUCUAAGGCAUGCCAAACUCUUGAAGCGAAAGAGUUAGCCCCUGCUAUUGCUGUUACGUCACUCAGGACACUUCAGGCAGAGAUCACUAAGAUUUACAUUGCCAGGCUAUGCUCUUGGAUGCAGGGCUCCACAAAUGGAAUAUCAAAAGAGGAAAUAUGGGUGCCAGUAUCCAUUCUUGAGAGGAAUAAAUCUCCCUACGCCAUCUCUUAUUUGCCUCUAGCCUUUCAUUCAAUUGUGAAAUCUGUGAUGGAUCAGAUCAGUUUGAUGAUUCAGUCUUUAAGGAGCCAGGCUACAAAAUCAGAAGAUAUGUUUACGCAGCUUCAAGAAAUUCAAGAAUCUAUUAGACUAUCGUUUUUGAACUGUUUCCUACGGUUCACAGGUCAUUUAGAGAAUGUUGCCAAUGAGCUUGCUCAAAACAAAUCAGCCAACGAAAAUCCAAUUUUGCCAAAUGGUUAUUCAUCUCAACCAUAUGGAGAGUUGUUGUCUGAUAUCCCAGGAAGUGUUGUUGAUCCACAUCAACGUCUGCUGAUUGUCUUAAGCAAUAUUGGGUACUGCAAGGAUGAAUUAUUGUCUGAGCUGUACAAUAAGUACAAACAUAUCUGGCAUCAGUCUAGGGAAAAUGAUAACGAGGAGACUGAUAUACAAGAUUUAGUGAUGUGUUUCUCUGGACUUGAAGAGAAGGUUCUUGAACACUAUACAUUUGCAAAGGCAAAUUUGAUCAGAUCUGCAGCCACAACUUUUUUGUUGGAUUCUAAUGUCCAAUGGGGAGCGGCACCUGCAGUCAAAGGUGUGCGUGAUGUAGCUGUUGAAUUGUUGCACACUCUAGUAGCUGUUCAUGCAGAGGUCUUUGCUGGUGCUAAGCCUCUCUUGGACAAGACACUUGGCAUUCUUGUGGAAGGCCUGAUUGAUACUUUUCUUAGCCUUGUUGACGAACACAAAUCCAAAGAUCUCAAGUCACUUGAUGCAAAUGGCUUCUGUCAGCUCAUGCUUGAGCUUGAAUACUUUGAGGUGAUACUAAAUCCAUAUCUUACGCUUGUUGCAAUGGAAUCUCUCAAGUCUUUUCAAGGGAUGCUAUUGGAGAAGGCCACUGAGAGUGUUUCUGAGGCUAUGGAGAAUCCAGGCCAUCAUCGCCGGCCAACUCGUGGCAGUGAAGAAGCAGAUGAAAGACAGCCAGGGAUGACUGUGUCUCCAGAUGAUCUGAUUGCUCUUGCACAGCAGUAUAGCUCCGAGUUGCUUCAAGCCGAACUGGAGAGGACUCGUAUCAAUACAGCAUGCUUUGUGGAGUCGAUCUCGUUGCCGGAAUCAGCUAAAGUUGCAUAUGUGCCCUUCCAAGGUUCAAUGAAUGCGUUAAGCAGACCCCAUGGAGGAAUGGAUUCUCCAAGUAGAAAUUACAGAAGUGCACAACCAACAGGAUCCCCUAGUUUUUCCCGGCAUAGGCAUAGAUAAAUGUUAGUGUGUUGACCAACAAUUUUUGCCAAAAUGAAAUUUCUUAAUUGUUGUAUUUUGGUUGAAACAUUUUAUUGAAUGUUAUCAUUUUCUUUCCA